AUUUAUAUUGUGCUUUGCUACAAAGUCUCUGGGUUACUGGUUUGAAGAUGUUACUGAAGUAAAUUCGCUUUCCGAUACUAGCAAUUGUUCUACCACGGAUAAUUUUAACACUUUUGAUGCGACCAGUGAAGCGUCAGAUGAAAACGCAAUGAUAGCUGACGUUCUCGUCGAAGCAACCAGAAAUAAUACAAAUAUAUCACAUUUAAAGACGUCUAUAAUAACUGCAGAUUGGAACGAAUGGUUUCCGAAACUUAAAUUUCCAAACACUAAUUUGGAUAAACAAUAUAAAAUGGCGAAUUUACAUUUGGAUAGAGGAAUAUUCAUUUUCGACUUUCUACGAGAAUUUUUAUCUCUUAUUCAGCCCUACGAUGUACCCAUUGACUUAUUAACAGAUACGAUUGAAAAUCGAAUAGAUACAUCGAGAUUAAUAUCCGAGACGAUACAUCUGGAAGCAACUCUAUUAGUAGUAGUUUCUAUGUGUUUCAUUUUAUGCUUUGUAAUACCUGCAAUAGAGCUUUGGCUCGGGUGUCGUCCAAUAAGGGAGGAUUAUCAACCUACCCAACAUCCUAGGGCACUUACGUUUUUCCUCGCAAUUUUCAUCUGCGCUCUUGGAGUGGGUAUGAUCACAAUGAUUGUAUGUAACGAAGCAGUAUCUACAAGCGUGGAGAAACUUCCCGUAGUAGUUGAAGCUGCCUUGCAGGACCUAAAUGACUACCAUACCAGUACAACAAUUCAACUACGCAAGUACCUCUCCAGGAGCUUGGAUGUAGCUAGCGAAGCAAUUCUUGCAGAUUUAGACAACAUAGAAGAGUUGUUAGGGAAACCAGUGCAGGUAGAAUUAGCCAGCGAAUCUGGGGUGGAUGUUGCGUUAGACACGCUCGUAGAUCUCGUAAAUGCUAGUCAUGAAGUUUCAAAUAGUGUUGGAUCUCUGUUAAACGAUGGCGAAAACAUUCGUAAUGUUGGAAAGCAAUUAAGUCGAGAAAUGGACAAUUUACGUCGAAAUUUGGAAAGUGGAUUAAACGCUUGUACUGGCCAAGAUCGAUCUCUUUGCAAUCUUAUCGAUUCUUCUGGAUUACGAGUAACUUUACGAAUGGACCAGUUUAUCAGCGACGAUCGUUUAAGUCGUUUAGUUGACUUUAAACAGCAGAAUUUCACAGAAACCAUUCGUCAAGCUCGAGGAGAGUAUUUGUAUAUACCGCAACAUGUUACAAGAAGUAGUUUAGAAGUCCGAAAUCAAAUUCGACGUGAAGUAAAUAAAAUGCGGGCCCGAAUUUUUGACGAAUCACGAAACAUAGAGGCAAGCAACUCCGAAUUAAUUAAGCAAAUAGAUUUUGCCAGGAGUCUAAUGGAUUAUGCAACACCGCACAUAAGUUUCUUUGAACAUGUUAGAUGGCUCAUAGGCAUCGGUACCGUUCUAUGUAUUCUACUUAUUUGGCUACUAUUAUUUGGAGCUAUUAGUUGUCGUUGUGGUACUUGUGAUGAUAAAGUGCGGCGUACACUCUUAUGUGGAGCAUUUAUGACCUGCUUCAUCUCAGUUGUACUAUGGACAGUUUUUAUCAUGGCAUUAGCGUUAUCUAGUCAUACCGAAAUGUUAAUUUGCCGGCCGCUUCACGAUCCAAAUUACAGUACGAUAGAAGCUAUCUUGGAAACACGAAUGUUCUUAGGAAAAAAAUUGAGCGUACAUCUAAGAGAUAUGUUUGAAAAAUGUCGACUGAAUGAACCAGCUUAUCCUGCAUUCGGAUUGGGAAACGCAAUAAAAUUAGAACAACUUACCUCAUAUUGGACUUGGUCUAAUUUCAAUAGGAUUGUAUUAAAACUUAAAGUCGAACUGAAGAAUUUAAAAAUAUUUACACCGUAUUUGCAAAAGCAAUUACACAAUGUACUAUACGCUUGCGGUUUAAAUUUGACAGAGCACAGAGUUAUGAUUCAAGGACGAAUUUUGAGUAAAGAUUUGGAAGCUCUUUCAGAUCAAUUAGAUAAAGUUACUCGACAAAUGACUGAUAGAAUGACAGCCAGAAGCUUAGAAACUGUUGUAGAAAUUAUGCAAGAUCUAAAUGUAAAGCGAAUAAAACCUUUAAUGAAACUACAGGACAUGUUGCUUUAUAAACUUGCUGCACUGGAAUUGCAAGUGCAACCGCUACAAAGACAAGUUAAUCAAUCUCUUUCUCACUUGAAGACUAUACAAUAUUAUAUUGAUAACCAAGGCGAUAAAAUUGCUCAGUUGAAAACCAAAGUUUAUGUAGAUCGAUUAAGUAAUUACUUAGAUCAAUGGAGAUCUCACAUAUUAUCUGAAAUGGGAAGUGGGGUAACCAAAUGCCGACCACUAUGGGAUGUCUUAGAAGGAAUUAAAAUUUUAUUGUGUAAUCAUUUUCUAGGUAAUUUGAGUGGAUAUUGGUUUGCUACAUUUUUGUGCUGUGUUAUUCUGAUAAUUUGCACUCCAACUGCUCACAUUUUGUCUCUAGUAUAUAAAAAAUCAUCGAAUAUUGCAAAAGAUGCUAGUCUUUUACCUGUGAGAUCGGAAAAUCCUCCAAGUGAAGUAAACGAGGGAGAAUCUUGGCAUACACCCGAACCACCACCACCACCAUCCCAGGAGGAGGGAUGGCAAUAAGGUCUAGAAAUUCACACUCAUACAGAUUUUAUACCUCAACGAAAUAUUGUGUUCUUAUUCUUUAUUGCAAAUACUAGUCUUAAUAAAUAAAUACAUAGUAGUUUUAAUGCUUAAUAAUUAUAAUACAUGAUAACAAUAUGUGUUCAAGA